AUGUCUUUGACAUAUCGCAAUUCACGAUUCAAUCUUUAUGGUAGUUAUUUUUUUCUUAUCACAGGUACAAUUGGUAAUUUUCUAAAUAUUUUAAUAUUUUCAAGUGAACGCAAUUAUCGUAGAACUCCUUCUACAUUCUAUUUUCUUAUCGGUUCAAUACAUAAUAUAUUUUAUAUAGUAUUUAAUCUUACUAUUCGUAUUUAUAAUUUAUAUAACGAGACUAAUUUAGUAGAUACAUCAUUGGGUUGGUGUUUAACAUAUACAUUUUUAAUUGGUUAUCUUGGUUUAACAUCUUUUACUUGUUCCUGUUUAGCUACUAUUGAUCAAUUUUUUGCAACAUCAAGAAAUGCUUAUCUUCGUCAAUACAGUAAUAUUAAAUGGGCUCAUCGAAUUGUAUUUAUUAUUAUCAUUGUAUGGUUUCUUCAUGCCAUUCCAGUACUUUUAUUCUAUAAUGUUCCACCUAUUACCAGUCGGUGUAACUCUGUUAAUAAAGUUUAUCAAAAUUAUAUUCCAGUAUAUAUUCUUGUUCUUCAAUGUGGUAUUCCAGUAUUAGUUAUGCUCAUAUUUGGAGGUUUAACUUAUCGUAAUAUGUGUUUAUCUAAAGCUCUUGUUGAACAACACGCCGAUCGUCAAUUGACAAAAAUGAUUAUAAUUCAAGUUAUACUUGUUAUUAUUAGUAUGACUCCUUUUGGUAUUCUUGAGAUUUAUACUUUAAUCACAAGCAAAUCUAUUAAAAGUACAGAUCAACUACAGCAAGAAGCAUUUGCACAAACAAUAUUAAUUCUUGUAUCUUAUAUUUAUUAUGUCGGCAAUUUUUAUAUGUUUAUUAUAUCAUCGAAUCGUUUUCGACAGGCUUUAAAAAAUCGAAUAUCCUUCUGGAAAAAACCAAAUCAAAUCAAUCCAUAA